CGACUUUCUUCUCAGCAGCAGGUGUGACUUUACUAUGGAGGAGGCGGGGGCAGCAGCAGCAACACCAAAAUCGGCACUGCCGAGGCCCGCAAUGGCUGAGCAGUCGUCUUCUUCAACAGCUCCUGCUGAGACAUCACUCGAAUCGGAGCCGCUGAGUACGCUUUCGGAACCGCUGCCCUUGCCGCCCUACGAAUUCGACCCGAGCCUCAGCGAGGACGAGAACAUGCUGACCUGGGUCUCGAUCCUCGCCCGUCACUCGUUCUCCAAAAAGGGCCACAUGGGCACCAUCUUUGUGGCACCGCCAGCCACGGGUGAUCCCAGCUCCCCCUCGCCCUCGUCGUGCCAGCCGCACAUAAGCUCGCGCAUCAGGGCAUAUGCCAACAACACACCGCUUUUGUAUGCGCGCUGCAACGCCAAGACACGCGGUGCUGUGCCCGAGAUUCAUGCAGAGGCGCUCGCCAUCUCUCGCAGUGCCCGACGCGGUGUCAGUCUCGCGGGCGUCACCGUCUACAUCUCCUUUCCGCCGUGCAACGAAUGCUUCAAGCUGCUUCUCGGCGCUGGCGUCGCGCGGUGCGUGUUCAAGAAAUCAGUCUUGCCCACAGAACAGGGCGAUUCCGUCCUCGUCGCCGCUGAGGCUGCAGGCGUGGAAAUGAAGGGCACAUUGGACGAUAUGAUGCGGGCCCGAGUCAAGGAUGGUGGCCUUGAGUCGGAGAAGAGAGUGAAGAAAGCGGACAGGAAACCGCUGUCGGAAGAGGUGCAGAGGCUGCGGGAAAAGGAGCACGAAGAGGACGAAACGAGGGACACGAGGGUCCGAGCCUUCUGGGCAGCGCAGGGCGAGGACGCGACCAAGACACGAGCGAGGGUCGAGAGGGCCUGGCAGGACUGGCACCAGAGGUAUAGAGAGGCGAAGACGCGAGUCCAUGCGAGAUGGGGCAGGCUUAGAUUCAGGGGCCAGAGAAGCGAAGAUGACGAAGAUGACGACGACAUUGACGGCUUCGACGACGCGAAAGAGGCAGGGCCUCAGGCAAAACAGCAGACGAAAGGAGACGACGUGACGGCGGAAGAGGUAGACAUGGACGAGCUCGCCAACGCCCAGGAGCCGAUCUUAGCAAAGAGACCGAGCGAGGAUGGAGAGGCAAUUGGGUUGAUAGAGAAGAAGGUGCAGAGAAGAGAAUGACUGAUUAGUAGUACAAUGAUGGCAUGGGACAGGUUGCUCAGCCCCUGGUCUCCUUUUCCGACU